AUGCUCUACUUCAGCUGUAUGACGGAGCGCAAUUACGCCCAGGUUGCCCUUGGCAUGUGUACGGAGACUGAGCCGUCCUCCACCACGGCCAUGUCAGCCAUGCCAGCCCGGCCGACCAGCAAGCCGCUCAAGCCGAGCACCAGCAUGGUCGUGGCCAGCACGAACAUCGGCGCCGUGUCCCCGAAUUACGCUUUGGUUGAGAGUGCUCUGUGCGAGUUGUACAACUCGGAGCCGACCGUCACUGCAGUGGUGCCAACCGCGCCGACAGUCGCCAGCAAUCCACCGCCGGUGUCGCUUGCGCCCCUGUCGACGCCCAAAUACAGUUCCAAAUCGACCCCGCGCGAUGUCGCCGUCACGUCCAGGAUAAGCGGCCAGAGCGCCGUGUCCACGAGGCAGCUGACGUCGCCGUCCACGGUGCCGACAGUGGCGGCCACCGACGCGGAGCCCUGGACAGGCUCCUCGAGCUACCGGCCCACGGCGCCGCUCGGCUCCUUCACUGACGCCAGCGUGCCGCCCCCGGUGCACCCCUUGGGCGCGUUCACGAGUAGAACGACCCCACUGGACGUAGGCGACGCGUCCAGUCCGCGGCCCACGCCCCGGCCUCCGCAGCACCCCUUGGGCGCCUUCACGGAAACAGGCGCAGCCAGGCCGACGCCCAGGCCGACGGUCAGGCCGACGGUCAGGCCCGCCACGCACCCCCUGGGCGCCUUCACGGAGGUGGGUGACGCGUCCAGGCCGACGGUCAGGCCCCCGACGCACCCCUUGGGCGCAUACACCGGAGGGACCACCUCCACGGAAGCAGGGGACGCGGCGGUGUCCACGAAGCCCACGCUCAGGCCCCCACUGCACCCCUUGGGCGCCUACACGGGCGGGACGACCUCCGCGGACACAGGCGAUGCGGCCACACCUCGGCCCUCGUCCACGUUGUGCUGUGAAACGGACACGGCUCGCCCCAGCACGCGAAGGCACCCCACCACGACCCACCCCUCGCAGCCAACGGGGCCCAGCCCGGCCCCACCGACCGAGCCACUCGUGCCCACCACCCCACCAGCGACCACACUGCCGCUGCCACUGACGAACCCCCGUCCGCUCACCUACCCCCUCGGACCGGUAGUCACCUUCGUGGAGGUGGUGUCCAACGCGCCGCCACCAGGGAGCUCCACCACGCUCCGGACGACGAGCAUCACCUCGCCGGGCACCCCGACCCAGCAGCCCCAGACAGCCACUACAGUGCACAUCCACGCGGCCACCACUUUCCGGGACUCUGACGAGCAGACAUCAACGGCAAACGUGGAACCCACAACCCAACUACAGCAUACUACACCCCCGCCGGUCACGCAUUCCGCAGCCCCACUGUCUACGCACUCAACACCUCCACAGCUAACGCACACUCCACUGGCAACACACUCUGCAUUCUCGUUGUCUACACACAGCACACACCCGUCGCCCACGCAUACAACGCCUGAAACACUUACGCACACCACGCUCACGUCGUUCACCCAUUUGUCUCCACCGACAUCAUCGCAUUCUCCAGCCGCACCGUCGACGCACGCUGCAACCGUACCGCCCACACGCACUACACCCUCUGCAGCAACGCAUGCUACACCUCUGCUAUCAACGCACUCAGCUCCCACUCUUUCCACGAACUUCACACCCACGUCGUCCACGCACUCCACUCUCCCACCCACGCAGCCCAUUCACUCUUCGUCCCCUCCGCCCACUACGUCUUCUCUCCCUUCUUCUUCUUUGUCCUCUCCUUCCUCUUUUCCGCCCGCUUCCUCUACUCUGCCCCCUUCAUCCUCUCCAUCCUCUUCUGGUUUUAUUCCCUCCUCGUCUUUUCUUCCCUCUUCGUCUUUUCUCCCUUCUUCGUCUUUUCCGCCCGCUUCGUCGACUCUGCCCCCUUCAUCCCCUCCACCCCUCCCCUCCGCCGGCACCACCCCUCCGCCCUGGUCUCCAAGCACCACUGCGGCGGGCUCGACGGAGCCAGACUCCUUCUCCGCCAGCCAAAGUGAGGACGAGUCGUCCACUUGGACGCCUGCGACCGACGUCGGCUCACCCUCGGCGCCGCUGUCGACCACCGCGACCUCCCCUCCGACGACGCCGAGCUCCCCGUCCGAAAGCACUCAUGCGAAGUCGUCCCCCGUCCCCUCCACUGCCGACCAAACGACGGGACGGACGACCACUGAGUCCUCGGACACCACGACGCGCAGGGCGACCGCCGAGUCCUCGGACACCACGACGCGCAGGGCGACCGCCGAGUCCUCGGACACCACGACGGGCAGGGCGACCACCGAGUCCUCGGACACCACGACGCGCAGGGCGACAGCCGAGUCCUCGGACACCACGACGCGCAGGACCUCGCGGCCCACGACGCAGGACUUGCUGGACACGGACUUCCCCGAGAUCCUGACCGAAGCCACUUGGCCCGUGGAUUGA